AUGCUGCCUGCACGCCUAGCACAGGGCUUGCUACGCUUGUUUCGGCCCUCUGCUCCUGGAGUACCGCGCCAUGGUCUCCGGGAGCCGCUGUUCGAGAAGAAAUACGCGGCCGCCUUCUCCUUCCAGCACCCUUCGGGCCUGGGGCACGGAUUUUCUCAUGGCCCGAAGGCCACGGAGAACUAUGGAGCUGACAUGGAGGAGCAGUUUCUGUUUCCCGAAUACGUAAGCGAGCCGGAACCUUCGCUGACCCCAGGAAAGCUGCUGGAGCAGCUACAACAGCAACAGGAGGAAGAGGAGCGACAGAGGCUACAGCGGCGGGAGGAACGUCGGCAGCAGAAGCUGCGGCUCAGCCGCCGGGUGCAUCCAGUGGUGGGGCACCCGAACCCGGCAGUGCCUGCCAGCGGCGUGAACUGCUCGGGCUGCGGGGCGGAGCUGCACUGCCAGGACCCCAGCCUUCCCGGCUACCUGCCCAGCGAGAAGUUCCUCAGCGCCACGGCGCAGGCGGACGGCGGGCUGGCGCGGACCGUGUGCCAGCGCUGCUGGCUGCUCGUGCACCAUCGGCGCGCCCUGCGCCUGCAGGUGAGCCGGGCGCAGUACCUGGAGCUGGUGAGCGCCGCGCUCCGGCGCCCGGGGCCCUCACUGGUGCUCUACAUGGUGGACUUGCUGGACCUGCCCGACGCCUUGCUGCCCGAUCUGCCCGCGCUGGUGGGCCCCAAACAACUGAUCGUGCUGGGGAACAAGGUAGACCUGCUGCCCCAGGACUCUCCUGGCUACCGGCAGCGGCUGCGGGAGCGCCUCUGGAGCGACUGUGUCCGCGCCGGGCUCCUCCCGCCGGCCGGACGCAGAGAGUCCCAAGAUCCCGGUGGAGACGGUCCUCGGGACAGAAAGGAGAACCCGAAUCCGCCAGCCAAGCCUUGCACGGUACUCAGGGACGUGCGCCUGAUAAGCGCCAAGACAGGCUUUGGGGUCGAAGAGUUGAUCUCCGCGCUGCAGCGCUCCUGGCGCUACCGCGGCGACGUCUUCCUGGUGGGCGCCACCAACGCCGGCAAGUCCACUCUCUUCAAUACUCUCCUGGAGUCGGACUACUGCAUCGCCAAGGGCACCGAGGCCAUCGACAGGGCCACCAUCUCCCCCUGGCCAGGUACUACAUUAAACCUUCUUAAGUUUCCUAUUUGCAACCCAACUCCUUAUAGAAUGUUUGCAAGGCAAAAGAGGCUUAAAAACGAUGCAACGAAAGCUGAAGAUGAUCUUCCUGAGCAAGAACAAAAUCAACUCAAUUUCUUGAAAAAGCACAGUUAUGUAGUAGGAAGAGUUGGAAGAACAUUCUUGUAUUCAAAAGAACAGAAGGAUGACACCACCUUAGAGUUUGAUGCUGAUUCACUUGCCUUUGACAUGGAAAAGGAGCCCGACAUGGUUGUAGACAAAUCCAUCAGACGAGUCGAAUUGACACCAGAAGAUGUAAAAGAUGCACAUUGGUUUUAUGAUACCCCUGGAAUUACAAAAGAAAACUGUAUUUUAAGUCUUCUAACUGAAAAAGAAGUAGAGGUUGUUUUGCCAAAACAUGCCAUUGUUCCAAGAACUUUUAUUCUCAAACAAGGAAUGGUUCUCUUUUUGGGUGCUAUAGGCCGGAUAGAUUUUGUCCAGGGAAAUCACUCGGCUUGGUUUACAGUUGUGGCUUCCAACUUCCUUCCUGUGCACAUUACCUCCUUGGACAGGGCAGAUGCUCUGUACCAGAAGCAUGCAGGUCAUACCUUAUUACAUGUUCCAUUGGGUGGGAAAGAGCGAAUGGCAGAAUUCCCUCCUCUUGUUGCUGAAGACAUUACAUUAGAAGAAGGACUUGAGGAAUUGGAAGCUGUAGCUGACAUCAAGUUUUCCUCUGCAGGUUGGGUCUCAGUAACACCUCAGUUUAAAGACAGACUGCAUCUCCGAGGCUACACACCUCAGGGAACAGCUCUGACAGUCCGACCCCCUCUCUUACCACAUAUUGUGAACAUCAAAGGAAAGCGCAUCAAGAAAAGUGUGGCCUAUAAAACCAAGAAGCCUCCUUCCCUUGUAUACAAUCUGCAGAAGAAAAACAGAUAA